UUCAUACUUAAAUACUGACAGUUGGAAAAUAUUUUACCUUGUAGAAAAUUUUCUUAUCAACGUUUAUUUCGAAUAUUUUGGAUAAUUUAUAGUAGCAAUAUUAUGAUUAUAUUAAAAGGGCAAAGCAUACUGAGAAUAAUUUGGAAUAAUUUCUUACUUUUUCAAAUUUUAAUUAUUCUCUCAAUUUUUACAUCUACAUCGAACCAAGCACCACUUGAAAAUUCAAAUGACAUACCAAUUGUGAAAACAAUUCGCCCGAUGCAAAAUGUUAUUGUACGAAGAAUAAAUACAUUUCCAAAUACUUAUGAGGUUGUUCCAAAUGCUGAUACUAGUAAUAUAAUUUCGAAACCAUUAUCUGACGAUAAUGUCCAAACAUUUUUUUACACACGUGAUAAUAAUUUCGGAAUACUAAAGGGUUUGGAUGAUGUUGGUCCAGUGACUUUUCCACCUUACACCGGCGACUAAGAAUUAACAAACAAACUCAUUUCAAAUUUAAAGGGUAAUGGAAUACACAAUAUAAGGAAAAAUUACACAAACGAAGAUUUUUCGAAAAAAAUAAAUACACUUUUCAUUUUAGUCAAAGUACAA